AUGCCGCCUGUCACCAACGGCAAAUUCUCAUACAAUGUCGACACAUUUUAUGUCGCCGCGUCGGGAGGGCAGAUCCACCGCCGUGCAGCUCCAGCUGAGAUAAAAGCCCUUUACGAUACCGUGACUACAGACAAGAGCACACCAGACCACCCAGGCCAUUGGUAUGAAGCACAGCUCCUUCACUAUGGCCUGCCGCCGUCAAAGGUCAAGGCGACUGCCAAGAUGCGGCUUUUGAAAGCCGUGCAAGACGGCGCCUUGAGUGUCCCCAAGGAAAGCCUACAAAUCGAAAGGAAUCUGAAGAAGGAAUGGAAAAAACAGGAUUCGGAGGAAAAUCCACAGGCCAAUACCAAGAUCACAACGACGAAGACUAUUACUACCAAGACUGUUACAGUUUCUAAGACUGUCGCGUCCAAAACCACCGAGAGCAAGACUACCACAGCCAAAGCCGUGGCCAAACCUGCGGCUACCAAAGCUGCUCUACCAAAAAAAGAUACAGCUCCCAGGACCAUUGGCUCCAAAGCUACUGUGGCCAAACCUGCUGCUGCUAAACUUGCUACGCCUAAGCCUGCCCCCAAGAAGGCUACAGCCCCCAGGACAUUCACCCCCAAAGCCACUGCAAUUUUAGCCGCAGCGACCAAACCUGCUGCUAAACCCACAGCCGCCAAGCCUACUACGCCUCUAACUGCCCCGGUCAAGAGAAAGAGAGCCUCGAAUGACAAGGAGACACCCAAUCAACCACAGACCACUAAACGCCGCGUGUCUAGCAAAAAAGGACAAUACAACACGAAUGUGCCCACUAGAAACCACCCUGAGCCGAGUGGAUGGUAUGAGCAGCCCGAGUACCAGGAUGUGCCCCCCUCGUACGAAGUUGCCUGUGGGAUGGUAAAUAUCUUCUCCGUUGACAAACGUAAAGGGUACGUAACUAACUUACUUGAGCAGAAAGGAGAGCACCCUUAUGGUGCUAUAGAUGACCAGAUGGACAAUGGCAAUGCGAGCGAGUCCGAGGCAUACUUAGACCCACCAUCUCCACCCCGAACCCUGAAACACACCCUGGGUCUACUCAAUGGGACGUACGAAGUUCGUUCCUCUGAUAUUGAAGACCAAUGGCCACAUGCUAUGCCAUCUGACGGAAUCACCUUAUCCCUCCGCCUUAACGGAACGGAGAUGUGGGGGACAUACGAGUUCGGGAUGUUUGAGGGUGUGCUGUGGAUGCCAGAACGACCUAUGAGACCCUCCUUUGACAGAAUUCCGUUUAUGUGGCGUGGGUGGGAGACUAGCGAGGGUGAAAUGAGCUUUGACGAUCACCAGGAAGGUUGGAUUGAGUUUUUGGGAGAUGGUGACAUUGUUGGGAUGAUCAGCUGCUGUGGAGAUCUCCAUUUCCGAGGGCAACGGAUUGAUAGUUCUGUCCGGACAGCCAGUGAUCUGCGUGACGAAUAG